GACAGGGAUUUAGAAGUUUACCUGCACCACAAGUAGGCCUACAUAACAGGCAGACCAUGAUGUUUGAGUUUGGUGGUAACUUCUCAAAUUUCUUUAGGUGGAUGGGUAGGUGCUUCUGGGACAAUUUUAGGACUUAGUUAUGACUUUUGGAAUAUUUCUAAAAUCCUGGCUAUAGCCCAGAGUGAGCCUCCUGCACCACAUUUAUAACAUAUCAAGGAUUCAUUGCAGUAAAGUGACGUUUGUGUUUAAACGAAAAAUCUUAAGGGAACAAUUCCCCACUAAUUAGCCUACUAUUGACAAACCGCGUCUGUUCAUCUAUCUUGAGAUCAGGAAUAAUAGCCUAACGUUAUAGGCCUAGUUAGAUAUUUUGAGUCUCUAAAGUGGUGAAUGUGGGUGUAAACAAGAUCAGUCAGUGUCGUGAGCACGUUUCCUUACACCGUUAAUGGCCGCUGGGGGUCUCACUCUAGAGAGGGACAGAGACAAGGCUUUAAAAGCCUACACUUUAUUGUUGUAUCUACAUGAGUUUUACAGCAUCUACACUAGUCUGAUCACGCUCCACUAUUCAGCCACCCUCCUCCUCACCACAUUAGCCUAGCUACAUCUUUCUCUAUUAAAAGCGCGUUGUGACGUUACAAUUUCAGUCCCGCGCGCCCGGCGGCAAUCUUACUUUCGAUGCAUGAGAGUUUGAGGUUUUCAGCCGCUGAGCAGGCAUCUGAGGAGAGUCAUUUGCAUUAUGACUUCGGAUCAAGACAAGAACAGACAGCGUAUGAAACAGCUUCUGGGGAAACCUGGGAAUGGACACUGUGUGGACUGCGGAGCUGCAGAUCCGGAGUGGGCAUCCUACACCCUAGGUGUGUUUGUGUGUCACAGCUGCUCAGGCCUCCAUAGAAACAUUGCUCAGAUCAGCAAGGUGAAAUCUAUCCUGCUGGAUCCCUGGAGCUCCUCUGAGGUGGAGUUUAUGAACUCUGCGGGUAACAAUGCUGCCAAGGCCAAAUAUGAACAGAUAGUUCCUGCCUUCUACUACUGUCCCACACACAAAGACUGCACGCUCCUGCGGGAACAAUGGAUCCGAGCCAAGUACGAGAGGAAGGAGUUUGUGUGUGUGGAGAAGCAGGAGCCCUACUCGGCAGGCUAUAGAGAGGGGUUUCUAUGGAAACGAGGCAGAGACAACGGACAGUACCUCAGCCGAAAAUUUAUUCUAUCUGAACGGGAAGGUGUUUUGAAGUACUUCAACAAGCAUGAUGCAAGAGAGCCCAAAGCAAUAAUGAAGAUCAAUACUGUGAAUGCCACAUUCCAGCCAACAAAAAUCGGCACUGCCCACGGCCUGCAGAUAAACUAUUUGAAGGACAACAGCACUAGGAACAUCUUUGUUUACCAUGAGGAUGGAAAGGAAAUGGUAGAUUGGUUCAACGCCAUCAGAGCUGCCAGGUUUCACUACCUGCAGGUGGCUUUUCCUGGAGCUCCCGUCUCUGAUUUGUUGCCAAAGUUAACCAGGAACUACUUAAAGGAGGGUUACAUGGAGAAGACUGGUCCAAAGCACACAGAGGGCUUCAAGAAGAGAUGGUUCACGAUGGAUGACAGGAGGCUCAUGUACUUCAAAGAUCCACUGGACGCCUAUGCACGAGGUGAGGUUUUCAUUGGUGGCAAGGAUAACAGCUACACUGUGCUUGCUGGGCUCCCCCUGAACAUUCAGGGCAAUCAUUGGCAGUUUGGAAUCACCAUAGUGACCCCAGAAAGGAAGUUCUUAUGUGCAUGCGAGACUGAAGAGGAUCAGAAAGACUGGAUCGCUGCAUUUGAGACUGUUAUCAACAGACCAAUGCUGCCUCAGGAGUAUGCAGUGGAGGCCUAUUUUAAGCACAAACCAUGACUGUUGGAUGAAUCGUUUGUGCAGAAUGAGGAGUGGAAGAGAUAUAUUUUAUAUCUCAUAUUGGAAGCCUUUAUAAAAACUUGAAGUUGUGGAAGGUAACGUUGGAUAAACGUUGAAAGUAUCCAACGGAAAAAUCCCACCCCCUCCCUUCAGGCCUCCCUCCAAAGCUACUGCCCCCAAACACACAUUUUCAUGUGCAAUUAGUGCAUGGCCAGAAUGCAUGCAGGUAGGCAAGUCAAGUGCUUAUUACAGGCCUGUGGCAGCCACAGAUUCCACAUUUUCCCCCAGAGCAUUUGAUUUGUUGAUUGCCGUUGGGGUGUAAAGAGAAUUUCAACAAAUAUAGAAAAUGCUUCUAAAAUACAUUACCUACCCUAGCUUUAAAGGUGACACAGAGAUAAGGACCUCAAGGUGAGACGCUUAGACCGCAGUUACCAUUCCCACAGUGGCUCCAGCCUCACCUACAGCCUGAAUUCCAAGAAUGUUAGCCAAACUUGCUCAUCUGUUAUGCAACUUACAUACUUGAAAGAGGUAAGUCAUGUCUUAUGUGCGUGACUUGUUUGCAGAAAUCAGAAUUGUUGCUACUCAGAUGUCAAAAGAUACGGUUCCCUCUGUUCUCAGUAAUAUAGUAUCCCAAAUAUAUACAUACUUAAAUUACUCAGAUGUUGAAUUAACCAUGCAUAGCAAAAUGUGCCCUUCUACUCAGUUCUGUGCAGACUAAAACAAACAUUACUGGACACAGGACUGCAAUGCGUCAGGAAGAAGGAAUUAUACACACCAUGAUUUACAGAUACCCACACACACACACUCACAUUUAUUUCCAUGUAUGAUUACAAUGAUAUUUAAUUCUCAAUGUAUUUAUUUUUUUUAACUGUCUAAAUUUCUAUAUACAGCUUGUAAUGUUAUGCUAAGCACUGUAGGUAUAAUAAGCUAUUUUUGCUUUUUGUGUACAUAUUCAAGCUGCUGAAUAUAAACUGCUUCGAGUGAUGUUUAUUAUCACGUUUCAGAAUUGGCGUGCAUUCCUCUGUCUCGUUUUUGUAAAACCGUAUAAAAACUGAUCAAAUUUAGCAUUUACGGUCAUGUGGUAUAACUAUUUAUCCAGUAGAGGGAGACAAAGGAAAGGUUUAAACUUACUAUCCCCCCAACACACACACACACACAAACGUAGGCACACAGGCACACAGGCACGCACGCACGUCCAGGCUCAUUAACCUCAUCAAACCAGUGACUGCAGGUGUGCACUAUAAAUUAUUUGUGCAAGUGCUGAAGAGAAAGGCAUUAAGAUGUUUUAGAGCAUUAUAAUGAUUGUGCAGUGACCCCUUUGUUCAAGCUGGAAGAGCAGGGGUCAAGCAAACCGUUAAAUCACUGCCACACACACUGUUUUGUAACUCAUGCUCUGAACUCACUGUGGAGUCGUGUAAGAGUACAAUUUGUGUAAGUGAAUCUGAAAUAUGUUCACUAUUAAAAGGGUAAAGGCCA